AUGGUAAGCAAUGAAGGUUUUGCGAGUGGAUACAAGGUGAAUAACGAGAACAGCGUGAAUGCUAGUGUUGAGAACACCGGGGCGAGUGGCAACAGUGCAGGAAGCGCGAGCGGCGUGAAUAGUGCUCCUGGCGUGGGCUCGCGGGGUGGCGCGUACCGACACAGUACAAAUGAGAUCAGUGCUAGUAGAGGUCCUGCGGGGAGGAACUCUACCACGAGGGGAAACCCCAAUGAGAGCGGUCCAAACGUGGGCGUCGCCAAUAUGAAUUCUGCUAACCAAAAUGGACCCCCACUCAACGGUGGAGUAUCACCCCCCAUGAACAACGUGGCGCAGGGAAUUGCGCAGGGAAGUCCGCAAGGGAAUGCUGCCGCUGCCGCUGGAGGAGGACACGCGUCCCCCCAACAUCAGGUAGCAUCAUCAUCCAGCCACCUCGCCAUUCCUCCCACUUCAAACCCGCGCAACGUAAAGAAUAAUAGUUCCGCCAGUGGUAUGAGCAGCUCAACUAGCGGUGUCGGUCCCCAUCCUCAACACAACGAGCACGUGGCGAACGAAGCGAGCAAUGGGACUGCAAACGCAAGCGCAAACACAGCAGGAAGCAGUAGUAGCGGUCACGCUAAUAACCAGACCAAUACACGUAACACACCUCCAACAGAUGACGAGGAAAAAAGAAAAGUGUAUCAACUCGUAUUUGAUUUAUGCUACUCCGAUAAAAGAGAGAGUGCAUUAAUAGAAUUGUCGAGAAAGCGAGAGACGUAUCAGGACAUAGCACCGGUUCUGUGGAAUUCAUUUGGAGCCAUAACAACAUUACUUCAAGAAAUAGUUUCAAUAUAUCCUCAACUAUCACCUCCACUACUAACCACUUCAUCUUCUAAUCGAGUUUGUAAUUCACUAGCCCUUCUCCAAUGUGUUGCAUCGCACCCAGAGACCAAGCAACAUUUCCUGAAUGCACACAUCCCUUUAUUCCUGUAUCCAUUUUUAAAUGCAGAGAGUAAAAAUAGACCCUUUGAAUAUUUACGUCUAACUUCACUAGGUGUAAUAGGUGCAUUAGUUAAGGUCGACAACCCCGACGUAAUUAAUUUUUUAUUACAAACAGAAAUUAUACCCCUGUGUCUACGCAUUAUGGAAACGGGAAGUGAACUCUCCAAAACAGUAGCUACUUUCAUCGUGCAAAAAAUUCUUAUUGAUGAACUGGGACUGAAUUAUAUAUGUGCUACUCCGGUGAGAUUCUAUGCUGUGUCGACUGUCCUUUCUAAUAUGGUUAAUGCUUUAAUAGAACACCCUUCCUCAAGAUUGCUUAAGCACAUUGUCAGGUGCUACUUAAGGCUGUCUGAAAAUCCUAAGGCAUUAAAAGCACUUAGGGAAUGCCUUCCAGAAUCGCUGAGACAUGUGCACAAGGCUUUUAUUCCAUGUCUUAAGGAAGACCCUUACACAAAGAAGUGGUUGCUGCAACUACUUUAUAAUAUUAACAGCGAGGAUGUCUUGCAUGGCAACAACCAUGUGGGGAAUCACAUUGGAUCACAUGUAGCUGGACAGGUGGGGACUACUCCAGGGGCAGGAGCCCUUCCUAUGCAUACAAGAGAACACGCUGGUCCUCAUACUAGUGGCCAUGUCGGAGGGUAUGUUGCCCCUACCCACGCAGGAGCACAUAGCGGUGUGAGCGGGGGACUCCCGGGGGCGAGACAAAGUUUGCACGGUCCAGGCGGUUCGAAGGGCACCUAUGCUGGGGUCACCAUUCCGACAAACAUGAGUGAAGGUUCUUCCGCGGGAGGGGUCAGCGGAGGACACGGCAGUGGUGGUCAUGUUGGUGGGGCACAUCCAAGUGGAGGCCCCGUCUCCUCCUCCUCCACCACCAGCAACUCCCUUAAGGAUAAGGCCAACAUGGGCAAUUCGAGCAAUGCAAAUGUUGGUAGCAAGCCUGGCACGGCCAAGGCGAUGGCAAACGCUAGCGCUGUUCCGAGUAGUGCGGAAGCGAGUGUACCGGGUAAUGAUGCCCCGAGCAGCAAUGCCACGAACAACGCCGCAAAUGGAGCAAAUGGAGAAAAUAGCUCGAAUAGCGCGAGUGGUGCGGCCGGCGCGACGAACAACGCCAGCAACAGUAACGGGACGGAAGGCCAAGAUGCACAGGAGGCAAGUAGCGGUGAAGGUGCGAACAGCGCAGGAAAGGCUGGCGGCAAUGCAAAGACAGGCAGCAGCGCAAAGGCAGGUAGCAAUGCAGGCAGUGUUAACAACGGAAGUAAUGCAGCCAGUUGA